ACGAAGCAAACACACGCCGCUGGCAUAGCGAGACGCGCACGGCAGACAACAGCUGUUAUCAAAAGCACGCCCACGUGUUACCAUAAGCGGUGGCCACCGUUGUGUUUUACACACUAUAGUUAUUACAGCCCCUCCGCGACGCGUGUCCGCCUGUCGACGAUGUCCGUGUUGUUGGCCGCCGGAACGCCUGUGACGUGUUAGUCGGACAGCCACGGACACCAUACUAUUGAACACGUCGGACAGCGGGUUGGUGGUCGGCUAUCACGAUCUACUGCAGUUGGCCGCGUGCGACGCGUGCAUCGUAACGAACAAACCGUCACCGCCGCCGUUGCGUCACCAUCACCAUCUGCACCACGCGUGCACCUGUGCUCCGCCCGGACCCGUCCGUACCCGUGACUGCAGACUGGCCGCCGCCGCCGUAAGAACGCUGCCGUAUCCGCCGCCACCGCCGACGCCGCAGCAGUCGGUACAGCACGUCUUGAACCGUUGUCCGUGUACCAUUGCGGGUCGCGUCACCGCCGGCAAUCACCGUCAGCAGCAGCAGCAGCACCUCGACGACAUCCAUCACCACCACCACCACCAGCCGCCGCUGCCGCUGCCGCAUCAACACCAACAACAGAUGCUCUUCGUACCGUACACCAUGCCGACCAACUACGGCAAUCAUAUGGCUUGUCCCGCACCGUCUGCCGCCGCAGCCGCCGCCGCCGCCAUGGCCUCUCUGUCCAACGGUAACGCAGUCAGCCCGUCAGCCGCCGCCGCAGCCGCUGCCGUGUCAGCCGUCGUCAACGGAAAUUCCGGCCUUAAGGAUAUGAAACUCAACUGGUCGACUUCGCCGGGUCCUCAACUGAAAACCGAUACGAGCAAACACCAUCACAUCUUUGUGGGCGACCUGAGUCCCGAAAUCGAGACGCAAACACUGAGGGAAGCGUUUACACCCUUCGGCGAAAUAUCAGAUUGUCGGGUAGUGCGAGAUCCUCAGACAUUAAAAUCCAAAGGCUAUGGCUUCGUAUCGUUCCUGAAAAAAGCUGAAGCCGAAAGUGCGAUCAACGCCAUGAACGGCCAAUGGCUCGGCAGCCGGAGUAUAAGGACAAAUUGGGCGACCAGGAAACCGCCCACGUUGAAAUCGGACUCUAAUACCAAGCCUUUGACUUUCGACGAAGUGUACAAUCAAUCGAGUCCGACCAACUGCACGGUGUACUGCGGUGGUCUGACCAGUGGACUCACCGACGAACUGGUACAAAAAACGUUUGCCCCGUUCGGUAACAUCCAGGAAAUUCGGGUGUUCAAAGACAAGGGCUACGCGUUUGUCCGUUUUGCUACCAAGGAAUCCGCCACGCACGCCAUCGUGGCCGUGCACAACACCGACAUCAACGGUCAACCGGUCAAGUGUUCGUGGGGAAAAGAAUCCGGCGAACCCAUCGUCUCUCAAAACACGUCGCAGGUGUGCUCGUCCCAGGCGGCGCUCAACAGCACACAGUUUCCGUACACCGCGGCCGCGUACGGUCAACAGUUGGGUUACUGGUACCCCCAGAGCUAUCCGGCCACACAAUUACAGGGCCAGUUCCUGCAGGGCGUGCAAGGUUACACUUACGGGCAAUUCGGCUACCAGCAAGCCGGUUAUCUCGGACGGAUGGGAAUGCAAGCGUUGCCGACGGGCGCCACAACCGCGUGGACCCAGCCUGGUGCCCUGCAGCCCGGCCAGCAGAUCGCCUCCGCCGUGGCGGCCCAACAGUCGGCACCGGCUCCCGCUCCGCCGCCGGCAGCCGCUGCCAUGAUACCAGCCUAUCCGACGCUGCACCAGUUUCAGGUAAAACAUCCACCGGUGCCAUGGGGCAUGUACGAGCAUCACGGUUACGACACCAACGAGCUUUCAAUUUUGAAAAUGGCCACUUCGUGAACCCAACAAUCGCCGACCGUAUCGCACGAACAUAGAUUGACGCUACGCUGAUAUUAUUAUUACUAAAAAAAAAAAAAAAAAAAUUACCGCUAAUGCAUUGUCAAAAAACACAUAAAACAAAAAUUGUUAUAAGACAAACACCUCCUUGCACAACAUAUUAUUAUCGUCGUAUCGUCCUCCCCGCUAUAAUAUAAUAUGUAUGAUUUAAUUAGUACACGCGAUUCAACCGUAAACCAAAGUUUAGCCAAUUAUUAUUAUUAUUAUUUGAGAGGAAAAAAAAAUAUUAUUUACGUUUUAGCUAAGAAAAAAAAUCGAAUAAUAUUUUUUUUUUAUUAGGCAUUUUUUAUAAAUAUAUAUAUAUUAUAUAUAGAUUACUAUUAUCGUAUUAUUAAAAUAUAUUAUAAUAUAUGUUAACGGCGAACGUUUUCUCCCCGAAAGCACUUUCCGACAGUAUAGUACAAAGCAACGAACGCGUCAAAAACAGAUGUGGGCAAAAUACAUACAUACAUACAUACAUAAUAUUAUUAUGUCGUACCUACAGGUACAAAAACAAUGAUGUUGUCAGGAGACGUGACGGGGGCGAACGGUCUGCAUGGUACACUCUUGUGUGGGGAAAUCCGAUUAUAUUAUUGAGAGACAAUCACUUUUUCCUGACAAACGGUUGUUUGUCGUAGCCUAACCUGCUGAUUGUGACGCGUUCAGUUGACUAGAUCGGAUUAUUUAAAACCGUUUUUGAGCAAUCACUACAUACGUAAACAAACCAAAAAAAAAAACCAGUCGUUUUUUAUUAAUUAUUAUUAUUAUUAUUAUUUUUUUUUUUUUAUUUAUUUAGCGUCUUUUUGUUUAUCGUUAACAAACAAUAAUAUUAUUUUAUAACGUUGUUAUAGCUGUUGUCUUCUCCACUCUCCCUUAUAAAAAAAAAAACGUUUAACGCGCGUCUGUUGAGUUUUUUUUUAUUAACACUAUAUUAUUAUUAUAAUAUUACUAUCGCAGAUUUUAUAAUUUAACGUAUUUUUAGACGGACCAAAUGGACGCAUUUGAGUGUGUUUAGGUUUGCACAGGAAAUCGAUUUGGGUCCUAAUCAUAUUAUUACAUUAUUGCACAUGCAAAUAAACUACACAUUAUCAUAAAAAAAAAACAGUGGUUUCGGCGACACUUCCAGGCAGAUUGCUAUCGAAAAUCCGAGGCUGCAUCGCACACUAUCAUGACAGAUCUGAAAACACACAAAUGCGUUUUGCCGCCGUCGCUGUCGGGGUGAAAAUUAUUGUUAUCGUCCGUCCGAUAUCAAUAGCUAUAAUUGGUAUAUAAUAGUGUGUUGUUAUAAUAUUAUUAACAAUAUAUUAUUAGCAUAUACUAAAUGAGCGCCGACCAUAGUUACGGCUGGCACUCGACAGACCCGACAGCGUACGGACGACGGGUACCUACCCGACCCGAAUUGCCAAAUGUAUUUGUUUGUUUGUAUUUUUUUUUUCGUUUUAACAUUUGAAAUAAUACAAAAUAUAAGGGCAAUGAUGUGUGGUUUGCAGAUAGCCGACGAAGAGUGGCUCACGCCGAGCCUGCUGGUCUGAGGACGACUGAAUUGUGGAGCCCAAAAACGCGAUACGAUUAUUCUUCCAAACUCAUCCGCCAUCUACUACGUACAUUGUCAAGCCAAUCAAAUUAACGAUAUCCCGAAAGCCCUACCAACGUGUACCGACCGAAAAAUUGUACAUAAAUCAUAUGCGGGCACCGAACAAAAAAAUUUAAUAACUAUAUUAUAUAAAAAUUAAAAAUUGAAAAACAACAACAAUUAUUAUUGUUUUAUACUACUAUAUAAAAUUAUUAUUAUUAAUAGCCGGUGAUAAUUUAUUAGAUAAUAUGCAGCUAUAUAGACAUAAACAUAAUACAGUACAUAUUUAGGCAUGUUUACCCGAAGGGCCCCGUCGUUUAGCUAUAUCGGUAGCCAACUACUAUUAAAAAAAAACGUAACAUAUCAUCGAUACGAGUGAUGAAGAAUUGUGAUAAAAAAAAAUUCGAUAACAAAUUAAAAAAAAAAAAAAAAAUUAAAUGAUAACGGAAAUUUAAAUACUAAUAAUUUAGUUAAAACGUUGAUAAAGGAUACUAAAAUGUAUUGCGCUUACAUGCUCAAAAACAAUUAUAGUAUUUGAUUUAUAUAUAUUGUGUUAUAAAAAGUGUAGGGUAUCGAUUGCCAAACAAUUUUUUUAUACAAAAUUAUAUAUUUUAAUUAUGCCAACGUUUUCCCUCUGAUUUUUCGUUCUACAUCAAUUAAAAACACUAUUUCGCAUAAGACGGCUCCAAGAAAUUAAAACAACAAUACAAUAUAAUAUAAUAUGACCGUUUUAGUCUUCGAUAAUAUGGUUGCUAUAUUUUAUUUGUAAACGAUCAUUACAACUUGUAUUACAGAACUGUCAUGUUGACAAGGCAUACUUACUUAUCCUAUGAUUUCACAUUGAAUUGAUAUUAUUCGCUACGAUCCGCUAUAUUAGUCCAGUUUUGUAAUAUAUAUAUACCAAAUAUAUAAAAAUAAUAUAUACUUAAAAUUAAUUUAUGUAUAGAACGAGCUGUUUUCAUUUUUAUAGAAUGUUGAAAUAUGAAAAUACAUUAUAUUAUUAUUCAAUUAUUAUUCCUAUUAUUACUAUUAUUGCUAUUAUUAUUAUGAUUAUGUUGUGUUAUGUUUGUCUGUGUUUUUUUGCCUACUUAUAUAUAAUAGAAUAAAAUAUUAAUAUUAUUAAGGUACUCCGAUAAAAAAAAAAUCAUUUCCUGUGCUCAACAAUACACUCACGCCGUCUGCCUUUUUACAUCUGAUCACCGCUUUUUCAUAAAUCUAAAAAUUAAGCUGUGUUUUUUUUUUCGACGACCCCUUAGGAUGAAUUAGAUUAUUUUAGAUUAUUUAGUUUAAUGUCGCAAAAAAAAAAUGCAGAUCGUACACUCAUUGUAAUUAAAAUAAUUUUUUAAGCGAAAGCGGUUGUUUGCCCGAACCGUAGUUACGGUGUAGCUUAAAACAAAACUAUAAUAAUUAGCUGUAAAAAUAAAUUAAAAUUAUAAUUAUGUUAAUAAUAUUAUUAGAAAAAAAAAUCAAACAACAAUAAACGAUAUAAAAUUUUUAAAAAAAUAACCGUGUAAAUAACUAUUACAAUUAUUAUUAUUAUUAUAAUUAUUAUAAUAUACUAUCGAGGAUUGAUAAAUAAUCUUAGGAUAAACCAAAGCGUAAUGUUUAAGUCUAGCGCGUAAGUUUUACACUGGUUUACCAGACAAGUCAUAAUAUUAUUCUUAUUAUUAUUAUUAUUAUUAUCGAGUUAUAAGAAAAAAACAUUGUACAUUAACGACUAGGUUAACCUACGAAUAACGAUAAGUAUAGUGUUAUUAUUCAAAAAAAUAAAAUUAAAAAUCAUUAGCUGUUAGUCUUUUAGAGUUAAUAUACUAUAAUUUAUAUGAUUAUAACUAUUACUACAUUGUAACAUUGUAUUACAUUAUUAUACACGUUGUGCAAGUACCAUUGCGUGUAGGUACUGGAAAUCUAACAAGACAACGUUAACUUGGCGUUUGGCCAGAAAAUAAAUCACAUUUUCUUUUCGAAAACCGACCAUUUCCGGUGCACCCCCCCCCCCCCCC